GUGUUAUUUAUAGCUACUAGUUGCCAGCCAAUCAUGCUCCACUGGAGUGCUGCAUUCUUUAUUACUCCAUGUUUCUUGGACGUUUUAAGAACAAAGCCUACUCAUGUGGUCUUCAGUGGUUUUCAAACUGGAGCGCCUCAAGAAUCUGAAUUACUCAUAUAUUUGGAAAAGGGUCCAAUCAAGAUUGAUUCAAGUGUGCCGCGACAUGAAUUUGAUUGUUUGAAUUGGUGGAAGAAUAGCAGGCUCACAUUCCCAAUUUUAUCCAAGAUGGCAGCCGAUAUCCUUGCCAUUCCUAUUACUACAGUUGCUUCUGAGGCUACAUUUAGCGCUGGAACAAGAGUAAUUGACUCUUAUAGAGCCUCACUAGCUCCUGAAACUGUAGAAAUGCUUAUGUGUGCCGGAGAUUGGUGCCGAAACAUUCAUGGAGUGAAAAAGAAGAUAAAAAAAUUGAAGGCAACAAAAGAGAUUCUACUUCCCAUAAAAUGAAUGUGAUAAUUGGAAAG